UUCAUAACACACUCGUACUCACAGGCCCCGAGCCUCGGCCUUUCCUGCGGGCUGAGCCCGUUUAAACUCCGUGCGAGUAAGAUGGCCGACGCCACAGCGGAGCCAGAGCCAGAACUGGAACAAAUCCGUCUAAAAAGCGUCAGAGAAGAGAAGUUUAUCACGGUGCCCGAGGGGGAUAGGCUCGGGCAAUGCCGAAGUGUAAAGGAAUUUGAAAAGUUAAAUCGAAUUGGUGAAGGCACCUAUGGCAUUGUGUAUCGUGCCAGAGACACCAGGAACAAUGAAAUUGUAGCGCUGAAGAAAGUUAGGAUGGAUAAAGAAAAGGAUGGAAUCCCCAUUAGCAGCCUUCGCGAGAUCACUCUGCUUUUAAAGCUCAGACAUCCCAACAUAGUGGAGCUGAAGGAAGUGGUUGUUGGGAAUCAUCUAGAGAGCAUUUUCUUGGUCAUGGGUUACUGUGAACAAGAUUUGGCCAGUCUACUGGAAAAUAUGCAGACUCCAUUCUCUGAAGCCCAGGUAAAAUGUAUAUGUUUUCAACUACUCACUGGCCUCCAGUAUCUGCAUGAAAACUUCAUUGUGCAUAGGGAUCUGAAGGUCUCCAAUUUGCUGAUGACUGAUAAGGGCUGUGUAAAAAUCGCUGACUUUGGCCUUGCCCGCGCAUACAGUGUUCCUGCAAAACAGAUGACUCCAAAAGUAGUGACUCUUUGGUAUCGGGCCCCAGAAUUGCUCUUAGGAAGCACAACACAGACAACAGCCAUUGACAUGUGGGCGGUUGGUUGUAUUCUGGCUGAGCUGCUGGCUCACAAGCCUUUAUUGCCUGGUACCUCAGAAAUCCAGCAGAUCGAUUUGAUCAUACAACUUUUGGGAACACCUAGUGAAACCAUCUGGCCGGGUUUCUCUAAGUUACCUCUAGUUGGUCAGUACACAGUACGCAAGCAGCCAUACAACAAUCUGAAGCAUAAGUUUCCCUGGCUCUCUGAAGCUGGCCUCCGACUUCUCAAUUUCCUAUUUAUGUAUGAUCCCAAAAAGAGAGCUACAGCAGAAGACAGCCUGGCAAGUUCUUAUUUCAAGGAGAAACCUUUACCCUGUGAGCCACAGCUGAUGCCAACCUUUCCACAUCACCGCAACAAGAGAGUGAGCAGCUCUGGGGCAGAGAACCAGGCUAAACGUUGCAAGCCAUGAUACCAAUUAAUGUGAAGUAAAGGAAGAAAUUAUAGGACACAUAGUGGAUCUACAGUGUCUUCACAAUGAUGAGACUCAGUUUGUGCAAUGAUGGCUGUGCAUCCAGUCAGCUCACACCUUGUAACAUCUUAAAGCUUAGAGAGAGAGCAGGCAAGGAUCACUGAUCGAGAGGUGAUAGGAAUGUAUGGUAGGACAAAUCUAAAGGGUACAUUACCGAAGAAGGUCCAUAUCAGUGGCAGUAUACUGACUUCAGAACCCAAAAUGCCUGUGUUUCGUGAUAAACUUUUUUACAUUUGUAAAGUAAAACAAGGAACAGAAAAUUGUCUUUACAUUUUGUAGACAUACAAAAUUGUAACUGCUUAUAAUACACUCUAGAGCUUUAUAAAUGGCUACGUUUCUGUGAAAAUCUUGUGGCAUCAGGCCACGCCCCUCAAUGCACGCCCCCUCCUAUAGACUUGCAUUGAAAGGCAUGGUGUGACAUCACGAGGGGGCGUGGCCGACCACUGCAGCGCGUACACAGCAUUCAGAACUAAAUGUUCAGAACGCCGGCUAGUGGCGUACCCUUUAACGUUUACUCGUCUUGCAUUACAGCCUGUAUAAUACUUCAGGGCUGCAUUCACACUUCCGCUGGCUGUUAUUGAAAACCAACAACAAGCGUGUUUGUCAUAUACACUCCUCUAGCAGCUUAGCUCAGCUCCUGUAGUGCAGUGGGGGAAUCUUUUUCCUACAUAUGAUUACUGCACAGUGCCUGACGCUCUCUAGAAUGCAGAUCACCAGAGAAAACUCUGACUACAUACUACAAGAAAUGCUACAGGAUUCUCUUCAGAACCCUGCAGAAUUGUGAAUGCAACUUUGCAUCAGACUAAGUAUACACAGGGUUUAAAGGUAAACAUGCUCUUAACUGCUUAUAAUAAAUAAUGGAUUCACUAGCAUUAAAAAAAAGGAAUGUAGGAACAGAUCACACUCUGCAUCAUUGGGACCAAGUUUAUACACUGAAGAAAAAAAGUAGCAAAACUAGUGAAAAGGAAAGUGAAGCUGUGGCCAAGCAUAACUUGUCAUUCUCCUUUACACUACAUUACAAGUACCUACGACAGAAUACUUUAUCUAGUCUUAUUUACUAAACAUAAGGGCAGAUUUACUAUUGCAAAUGCACUAAACUGGUUUACAUACCCUGCACCACAUUUCUUCGUGUUUUUAGACACCCUGCCCCAUAGUCCUUGUAUACAUGACCAAAGUCUAAAGUACAAGAAAUCCAAAUUUCUAUCAUUACAAAAGUAUAAACAUGUUGUGUUUUAGAUCUCCAAUUUUUUUAAAUAAAAAAUAAAUUGAA